GGGAAAUUAGCUAAAUCAAGUUGUCGCACGUUUGUAUUAGAUUUUGGAUCGUUUCGCUCCAGGAGUGAUCGGAUACACGUUCUCGUGCUAUAACAAGUUGAUAUGCAUCGCACGAGUGGUGGCGGUCACGGUCAGACUGGGCAGGCCGGUCAAGCGAGUAGUCAGUCGGAUUGGACGAUCAGGGAAAGGCUUGUGUUGUCGUCUUCUGUGCUCAACAGCGGAGAUCAGAAUUGGGUUUCUGUCAGUCGAACCGUGAAACCACUGCUAGAAGCCGGAGUCAAACAGCCAGACAAGUUCUCACAGAAGGCAAGCAAUGGAAUACCUCUAAACUGUGCACUGGAGUAUUCGGAUAUGCUAGAGAAGGUUGCUCCACUCAAGAGGAAGCGUAGUACAGAAAUUGGAACGGGAGAAACACCAGGAGAACGAAUAGUCAGACGUUUGACAUUUGAGCGGAUCGAAGAGCUAAAGAAAUCAAUCAAGACGCAACAUGCACUGUACAAGAAACUGAAGCAGGAAGCCAAGCUGAUUGCGGAAGGCAAAGUGGAUCACAACUUGGAACAGAUGUGGCAAGAAAUAGAGGCUGAGAAACGUGCUGAAGCUCAGAUGCUCGGUUUGCCAAUAAAAGAUUUACUCAUACAGUCAGUUGUGGGAUCAAGCAGCCAAGUAGCACCAACAACGACUACAGAAGUCAAGCAAGAGCAUGAAAAUGUUGAGCACAGUGACGCUCAAAUCGGUUCAUCGACGGUUACUCCCACAGAGAGCAAUAAGACGGACAAAAUCAGUCCGAAACCUGAAGCACAAGGAAGUUGUGAUGUGACGAAAUCGGAGCACGUCGUACCUUCUGGAGAGCAGAGAGUUGAUCGAGAGAAAGACAAGAGGGCGAGUCGUGUAGACCACGUGGACAGUUCGAAAGGUACGAACGAUCAAACGGAUGGUACGACGUGUAGCGCAGAUCGGGAAAAGACGGGAACCGAAACGAUCACAAAAGGUCAGAGUCAUGUUGAUCAGACUAAAGACGCGGUAUCGAAACCAAAGCCGGGAUCACAAGAUGUGAAGAGCACGAAAGACGAACGGAAGGAGGAAGCGGUGACAGGAGGGGAAGGACACGAUGCUACGAUGGAGGACGCCAGUACUAUCGAGGAUGACGAUGUGAGGAGAGAGUCGGAGACGGAUGCGACAAUAUCACCGGAGGAGAUGAGCGUUGAGGAUGUUAAUAUCAAUGAGGUAGACAACGGGAGUGAGGAACAAAUGAAAAGCGAGUUAAAGCAGGAAAUAACAGUCGAGGCAAGUGCAGAUGUAGAGAUGGAAGAUGCGGCUCCUGUUGCCAUGGAAACACUUGAGGGUCCUUCGGUGGACGAAGAUGUGAGCGAGAGAGGCAAAGGAAAAGCGAACGAGGAAGAGGAGAAAUGGGCGAUUGAGUCGGAGACGAAAUCGCAGCCACAGGAAACAGAAACGAGCAACGAACAAAACGAGGAGCCACGAGUGGAGAAGAAUCAGCGACAAGCGAAAGACGUCGAUGUUCAAGCAGUCGAUGUUCACACAGUCGAGAAGCAAACGGAUUCUCUAAACAACAAACAGUCGGAAACACAAUCAGUCGCUACGUCUGCAUCUGACAAACUGUCGACGUCUCAUCUCAUCGUCCCGGUUACGACACAAGAGAGCGUGAGUGAGCAACGACGCGUUGCCACGAAGCCAGACCUCGUCGUUCCUCCUCAACGAGUCGCCUCACUGAGUAACGACCCCGCGACUUCAAAAUCGAUUCCAGCGUCCUUGUCGUCCAUUACACGUCCUCUCAUUCUUCGUCCAAUUCACAAGACUGCAGUGCCUGCUGUAACUCCAACGGAACCCGAUCCAGUGCAGUCGUCUCCUGUUUCUGUGUCCCAGUCUGCUGCGAAUGCGACAUCGUCAACGGUCAGUGCGGCACGAACUUUGUCUCCGGCUGUUGUUGCUGUCAAUGUGUCACACUCGCCGAUAGUUCCAUUGUCUCAAUCUCUUCCUGUGGCAUCCACAGCGUCUUCGGAGUCAAGUAAACCGGGUGAAGUGACUGCUGGUGACCACAGUAUGCGUUCUAAAGUAAAGGAAGAGAAGACGGUUGUGGAAGCAGCGAGCAGUCAAGCGGCCGUGUCUUCAAUACCUGAUGGCCAGGAGAAAAAAAAGGAAAAUCCUGUGGCUGCUGCAGGGUCUACCAAGGAUGAGCCAUGCGAAUCCACGGAAGCCGAGGAGAUUCCGAUCGCUGCUUGUUAUUCAACAUUUGAGCAUUGCCAGACAAAGUUACCAGAGCCAUGUGAACGAAGACUAUCCGAUCAGAGCGGAAGCCUCAGCCACGAGGCAGACAAAAGCCAACCUUUACAGCCACCAAAAAGGCCGAAAACAAACCAGAAGAGAAUUCGGAGAAGCAGCAUGAGAACAAGAAGCAGAGGCCACGAGUCGGAUAGUCCAGUCGACGAGGAUUCGAGAGAAAGCUUUGCUGAUUUGGAGUCUGAACUGAUUGCGAUGGUCGCGUCCGAUGAGAAAUGCAUUGUUCCCAACACACCACCACCAGCAAACACGACAGAAGAAACCGUCACAAAGGCUGUCAAUGUAGAUCAAUCCGAGCAAAAUGCUCUGGUGAAUACCGAAGAAGCCGACGAAGAUCCGGAAGAGCCACGCACUGUGGAAGGCGGAGAAGCGUUGGAGGAGGAGAGCACCGUGGAGGAAGAAGAUACGCAGUCGUUCAUGCUGUCUGCGCUCUCCAGUGCUCCUUCCAGUCCUCCUACGUCUGUAGGAGAUGUGGAUGCGGAAUCGGCACAGGCGAGGAGGACGUGGAAGAAGUCGAUUAUUGUGUUGUGGAGGAAGAUAGCGGAACACAGAUAUGCCAAUUUGUUUUUGAAGGCCGUCUCGGAAAAGGAGGCUCCGGGAUAUCGCGAUGUAGUCUACAGACCGACCGAUUUGACGACCAUCAAAGCGAAUCUAGAGAACGGGACUCUGAGAACGACCGAGGACUUCCAGCAUAGCGUCUUGCUCAUGUUUCAGAACGCGCUCAUGUACAACGCGAGCGAUCACGAAGUAUAUGGCAUGGCGUCUCAGAUGAGAGCUGAUUUUCUCGUACAAGUCGAGGAGUUCGUCGCUCUUCAAGUCAUCGUCAACUCGCAGCCAGAUCGCAAGAGUCUGCGAGGAAUCAGUCCAGCCUUGCGGAGCAAACGGUCCGACAAAGAUGAACAGCCAGUUGUGCGUCAGACUGUAGACGAAGUGGAGGCAGCGAAACGUAGUCGUCGUCCUUCUACCGACAGUACAGACCAACCGCCUGCCAAACGACGGAAAGUGCGAGGAGACGACCAGUAGGUGGUUAAUAUCAACUAUUAGGUUUGACAUUGUAUUGUAUAUAGUGUAGUGUGGAUUGUGUGAGUGGUAUUGGGGCUAGAGUGUUGCACGAAUUUGGUUUUUUUGUAUAUGAUGUUGUGUAGUAGAAAUUUCUUGGGAUGUUAUGGUCGUUGAUGAUUGUUUGUAGUGCAUGCUCGUUUAUUUUGAGUAGAGUAGUUAAUUGAGUGAGUAAUGUUUUGCAUU